CCGAAGAUGGCGGGCGUCCCCGAUCCGCUGGAAGACAUGCUUUACUCAGACGUGGACGAGAAAGCCGUCAGCGACCUCGUAGGCUCUUUAGAAUCGCAGCUCGGUGGGCCGGACGAGUCCGCAGCACCGCAGGGCGACGCGAGGCGCUCUGGGCCGCCACAAGCACACAAUCCCAACUUGGGACAGUCGCAGCCCGCUCAAGCGGCGGACCGGCGGCGCUCGGGACUCCAGAGAGCCGAGCCAAAGCUGGAGGUCGGCGGCGCUCGGGAAAACGGCUCCGAGGGGAUCCCGGCCUCCGUGAACGCGGCGCCGGGCUCCGUGCUGGUGGGCGCUGCUGCUGCGGCGAGUCGCUUGCAGCCUCUCGGGAAAGCAAAGCCUGCAGCGGGACUCCUAACUUCAGCGAACUGUUCAAGUGACGCAGCAGUUGUAGCAACAUCAUCAUCGUCACCAUCACCUCCUACAGAUUCUCUCCCUCACACAAAUCACAUAUCGUCUGCCAUACGGACCGUUUCCUCCAGAGUCCUGCCUAGUGAGAGUGGAAGCAGCGGGACAGUGACUGUUAACUCUCCUGCUGUUGCCUCUGCUCCCACUGCUGGAGCUGGAGUUCAAACCAGUGUGAGCGCUGGUGCCACUGGUGCUGUUGGCGCCACUGGCUCUGGUUUGGGUAACGAGAACGGCAACAUGGCCUCUUCUAAUGGCACAAAUGGUCCUCUGGUGUCUGCUCAGCCUGAUCAUAUGUUGUCCCAACCUGCUGAUCCGUCAGGUAGUCAGGCGGCCCCUGCUGUUGCACUGCACAGACCUCCAAACGUUUUGCCCAAUGGAAGUGACCCUAAAGUUGCAGCAUUGCCCGCACAGGGUGUCAGUGCUGCUGCUGUCCCAGCCUCGACCGUGGCAUUUUCAAAUGCGAGUCCUAGUUUAGUGAAGGCCAGCCCACAAGCCCAGAUUAAAACCAUUGUCCCCAACCAGCUUGCUGGAAGCCCUGUGGGCCUGCAUCCGCCCGCACCGGUCACUGUACCUGCCAGCAGCAUGCAGGGGAACACCUCGCUUCCAGUGGCAAGCACUCCCUCAGUCCUAGUGAAGCCGGAAGGUGGCCUUGUUGGCCAGCCCACAGGCUUGUUGAGGCCUGGCACUGCGGCACCGGUGGUGGCCACCACGGCGGUGCCUCAGCGCCCUGGGGUACCUGUCGCCCCAAGGGCCGUGGUGCCACAGAUCACUGUCAGACCCCAACAGCAGACCACUAUUCAGUUACCUCCAGGAUUCACCAUACCACAGGGGAUGGUGCUGGUUCGGACAGAAGCUGGUCAGCUCGUGUUGGUUCCACAGCAGGUUUUGGCCCAAGCCCAGGCCAAGGCUCAGAAUCAGAGUAAACCUGCUCUGUCCCCCAGGCCGGCAACGCCAACCACGGCAGCCACCUUUAGAGUUACCACUCCGGUGGCUCAGCCAGCAGUAACUUCCCCCACCAUUCGGCCCAUUCCCCCGGCCCAGACAAAGGUUGUACAGACAGCAAGCCCUGCCAGCCCUGCUCUUCAGAAGAGUCCGGUGGUGACGGUCAGUUCUGCUCAAAAACCUGCUGGCCCCACAGUCAUCACGGCAGGAGCUCGUGUCCAGACCCCUCCUCAGACUCUCCUGAAACCCUGCAAUCCUGUCCCAGCAUCCACUGUCCCAGCCGCAGGAGCCACUGGCCUCUCUCCGGAAAUGCAAGAGAAUGUGAAGAAGUGCAAGAACUUUCUAGCAACGCUGAUCAAACUGGCAUCACAUAAUUCCCCCUCUCCGGAAACGUCCCGGAAUGUGAAGGCGCUGGUGCAAGACUUGCUGGAUGCCAAAAUUGAGCCUGAGGAAUUUACAAAUCGUCUGCAAACGGAGCUGAAGUCAUCACCUCAGCCCUACCUCAUCCCCUUCUUGAAGAAAAGUCUGCCUGCUCUGAGGAUGACCCUCCUGAACUCGCAGCAGUCUCUGACCCAGCUUUCCCAGCCCACGCCCUCCACCCCUCUCACUGUGGGCGCCGUUAAAGCCCCGCCUACUCCCCGCUCCCUUGCUACAGCGGUGCUCCCUGUCCGACCUGCUGUCGUACAGGACCAGACUGCCAUUAAGCGGGCAGGGGCACAGGUCACUCCAGCUAGGAUGCCUGUCGUGAUUGCCCAGACAAUCCGACCUCAAGGUCCUGUGGUCAGAGGACCGACAGUACAAGUGAGAGGUCCUGUUGGCGUCACCAUCCAGGCUGCAGCCAAUCAGAAACAGAAACUGAAUGACCCAGGAGGUGGAACUUUCAAGGAUGAUGAUGACAUCAAUGAUGUGGCGUCGAUGGCAGGUGUUAACCUGAAUGAGGAGAACGCUCGAAUAUUAGCCACGGGCUCCGAGCUGGUGGGCACACAAAUCCGUUCCUGCAAAGAUGAGACCUUUCUGCAGACUAACUUGCUGCACAAGCGCAUCCUCGAGAUCGCGCGAAAGUUUGGGGUGAAUGAGGUUGGGGGGGACGUGGUGAGUCUGGUGUCUCACGCUGCUGAGAUGAGGCUCCGCACUAUGUUGGAGAACGUCUCUGCUCUCGCCCAACACCGCACGGACUCCUGCAAGGAUGAAGAGCGCUAUGAGCAAGCGUCAGAUGUGAGGACGCAGCUGAAGUUCUUCGAGCAGUUGGAAAGGCUGGAGAAACAGCGCAAAGACGACGAGGAGAGGGAGAUCCUGCUUAAAGUAGCCAAAAGUCGUUCCAGGCAAGAAGACCCUGAGCAGGCUCGGCUUAAGCAGAAAGCUAAAGAGAUGCAGCAGCAGGAGUUAGCCCAGAUGAGGCAGCGCGAUGCCAACCUCACAGCCCUGGCAGCAAUAGGGCCACGCAAAAAACGCAAACUGGACACUGGGGCCUCUGCGUCUGGAGAGGUGUCUGGAGGCUCUUUGGGGUCAGCGGCCUCUUCCUCCUCUUCCUCCUCCACGCGACAGGUCCGGCAGCGAAUCACGCGGGUUAACCUCAGGGACUUGAUCUUCUGCCUGGAGCAGGAGCGCUCCACAGCCCGCUCACUGCUGCUCUACAAAGCUCUGCUCAAAUAGGACUGGUUCAGCGCAGUGGCUCAGCUUCAUCCCCCCAUCUCUCCUCUUCCUCUAUGUAGGGUCUGACCAGUGCCCUGUCCAGACUGUCAGUCGCCUCUUUAUCGUUUGAUCGGCCAGGUCCGUUUCCUCCCGGCCUGCUUCCCUUGCGUUUUUCUUUGUGCCUUCAGGCAAAGCUAGGACAUAAUCACUGAGAUCCUGUCUUUGCUGAAAGAGGAAUGUACUAGAUAUUAAUGCUCCAAACACGCAUAUUCAGGAAGUGAGUGAUAGAAAGCCAUGAAGAGGGAGAGGAGCAGAGGAUCGUGGGCAGCGUUUCUGUUCAUUUGUUACCUUUUACUGCAGCAUGUUGGUACAGGAGCCAGCAUAGAGGAGAACAUUCACCUGUUCUUAUGUGUUUUUUAAUCUGAUUUGAUUUUAAUGUUCCAGGAUGACUCUGAUUUGUUGGUAUAAAGUAUGAUUGGACUUGAAGCUGUUUUAACUUAAAUGCCUCAUUUGCAAUAUGGACACUGGAAGUGUGAAUGUAUAGCUUUUUUUGUGGGUUUUUUUUUUUUUCUUUUCCUUUUUUUAGCAGUCUAACAAAUUAUUAAAUAUUUUAAUAACUUAUGACUUUCAUACCUCCAAAUGAUGGUUUGGACUGAUCUCGUUUCAGUAAGAUUAUGCAAAAUGAAGGAGCUCCAUGUUGCUGUCCUUCAUCAUAUGGGGUGCAGUUUUGUAAUUCAGUGACAGUAUUUUCUCACACUCCCAACGUGGAGUGUAUGCGUGUGUUAGCGACAUGCUGUGAAGAGUUCCGGUGGAGGAAAAUGGCACAGUGCCAUCUGUAACGAUGAGGCUGCCAUAAUUUCAUCCGAAAGGAUGACGCAUGAAAUCAUCUGGCUGCUCCACUGAAAAUCUAGAGCAGCUUCUCGUCAAUAAACUGUAGGCAAGUAUGAUCACAGCAUUGCAGACUUUUAAGAUUUCAAUGGAAAUCCACUUAUUUUGUUUUUUUUUGUUUGUUUUUUUUUUUUAAACCUCUACGUAAUUCAGUCUUUGAGGUGUAAACAGUUAUUCAGAGAGGUUUGAUGUGAACUGAUGCAUUGUACAGAAACUACAGUGGUGAUGACUGGAACCAGGGGUCAUGAACAUCACUAAUAUAGCCUUUUUUAUUCACUAUCCAACCCAAGUGAUCCAACAUGUCUUCUUAGGUUUUAUAUGUAAUGUUUAUGAUGGUAAAAUGAAAGUGAAAAUUCUGACUCUCUUCUAAGGACUAUUUUGCCUUACAGCACCCUACAUGUACAUCGCUACUGUUUUUUUUUUUUGUAAACAAUGUUUCAGGCAACCAGCUGCAUUCAUAACCAUUUCAUAUGAUCAUUUUCUUGAGAUAUUAAAUACUUUGGACGUCUGGUUCCUAACACCACAACUGUGAGCAGUUCUGAUUUUCUGUAGAACACUGCGUUUCAUAUCAAACCACUCAGAAUGUGUUCGUUUACGUCUGAAUGAUGUAAUUAUGAAGAAAACAUUUCAAAAAGUUUGGUGGAAUUCCCCUUUAAGGUUGAAUGAGUCUUGCACUGGAAUUUUAAAUUGGAAUAUAUGUCAGUAAAAGGGCCUUUAAGAAUGAAGUGGCCUGACUUUGAUUUGAAAGUGGAAAUUUGAAAGUUGUCAGCCCAGCAGGACAGGACUCCAGUGACCCAACAGCUUUAAGGGAGUUUGGACUGGACUUCACUUUGCCUGCAAACAACAAUAAGAAGUAUGCAGAUUUCCUCAGAUCUAGAUCGUCACAGCCAAAAUCCACCUUUGUCCUCUGCUGCGAGACUGGUUUCUAUGUACCUGCACAUGAAAGCGCUCAGACAAACCAAGAGUUUCUGAUCCAAUGGUCAGGUCUUUGAUUAUUUCUAUGUUGUAUUGUCUACAAAGACCACAUUAUCUAUUAUAAACUCUAUAUUUUUUGGUAAAUUUAACAAUUUUUAAAUGUUUGGCUGGUUUGAGAAAAAAAAGUGUUGAUCUCCUCAAAAUUUGUACUAUUUUGUAAAAG